GUCGUGAGGUUGGCAGACGUGGCUAGUCACUUGUACCGAAACGGAGCAACCAGAAAUGGUAAAGUGUACAUAACAGAAAAUGUCACGUUUCUUUCGCGAUAGAUGAUUGAGCAUUGUGCGGGCGACAGAUCGAUCGAAAAUGCCGAAGAAAUUUGUGGGUGAGAAUAGCAAGGCGGUUGCCGCCCGAGCUAGAAAAGCAGCGGUGAAAGAAGCAGAAACUCUCAAAAAAUUGAUGGAAGCUGAAGACAAGGCGUGGGAGGACAAUAAUAAGCAAGUACUGAAGAAGAAACAAAAACAUGAAGAAAGUGAGAAAAAGCGUCUACAGCAGUUAGAAAAAAAAGCAGAGGCAAAAGCCUUGCUUGAGAAGGAAAUGGCAAAUAUAAAAAUCGGCGGUAAGCAGCCUGCAUCGAAAGUUACCAGAGCUGAAAUUGUAACUAUUACUGAAAAACGAAAUCAAGUUGCUAUGAAGAAAAAGGAGGAGGAGAAACCGAUCGAGGAGAAUUUAAACAGAGUGAUUUUGGAAGGUGAAACGGCUCACGGUAUAGACGAAGCUAUAUCCGUUUUGAGCAUGAAGGAACCUGAGAUAGAUCGACACCCGGAGAGACGGAUGAAAGCCGCGUAUGUGAGCUUUGAGGAACGAAUGAUGCCAAUGAUUAAGGAACAAAAUCCUACUUUGAGGUUGAGUCAAUUGAAACAGAUACUGAGAAAAGAAUGGAUGAAAUCGGCUGAGAAUCCGCUUAAUCAAAUGUUAUUGAAUCACUGACGAUCAUGGUGAUAUCAAACGAGCGCGACACUCACUCUUGCGCAUCGUCGACUGAUUAAUUAUUUAAUUUUGUUAAACUAAAUAAAUAACAAUCAUUGCAACGUGCGAUAUAAUCUGUAUACAAUUUUUAUUUGUAAAACAUAUAACUUAUAUUAAAAAGCAGUAUAUGAAAAA